GUACACCAUUGUACAGCUCCAUCAUUAAAUUCAUGCAUGGCCUCAUGAUCACCUCACUCCCAUAUCAAAUUAACAUCAUGUCUUCUGUUCUCCUGAUUUUUUAUCACUUCUUUCAAAACCUCGUCUAGGGCUAGAGCUAUGCCUUUCUCUGUGCUUUUCUCCCCGUUUUAAAUUAUUGAUCUUGAUCUGCCAUUGGCUGCACCACUGCUUUUAGAGAGAGGGAGAUCAGGAUGGGAUAUCACUCAUGCUGCAACAAGCAGAAGGUGAAGAGAGGGCUAUGGUCACCGGAAGAAGAUGAGAAACUCGUCAAUUACAUUUCAACCUAUGGCCAUGGUUGCUGGAGCUCUGUCCCAAAACAUGCCGGCCUGCAGAGAUGUGGAAAGAGCUGCAGAUUAAGAUGGAUAAACUAUCUCAGACCUGACUUAAAACGUGGGAGCUUCUCUCCUAAAGAAGCGGCCCUCAUCAUUGAACUCCAUAACAUUCUAGGAAACAGGUGGGCUCAGAUAGCCAAGCACCUACCAGGAAGAACAGAUAAUGAGGUUAAGAACUUCUGGAAUUCCAGCAUAAAGAAGAAGCUCAUCUCUCAAGAGGUUUCUCCUGCAGCUAUAACCAAUAACUUUCCCGAUACGUACUGUUAUCAUGGUAAUUCUGAUCAGGAAAGUUUCCUCUCUCUAAAUGCAAACCAUAGUUGGAUCCUUAGAUCUCAACAUGAACAGAACCAGCUAUACCCUCCCAUUCCAACCCCAUUGUUACAUGAGUUAGUAACCUUUGAUCAUGGAGAUCUAAAGUUAGAUCAGAACACCAAUUUUGGUGCCAACUUGAUUCAUGAUUUUCCUCCCCAAAUGGCACCACCAUCAAAAUCUUCCUCUAGUGACCCCCUAUGGUCCCAUCAACUCGAUCCAAGUCAAGAACAUAAGAAUUUCAGCAUAGGGGCAACAAGGCAUUAUCUCGAAGAUAACCUUAUAUUGGGUCCAACCAUCACAGCACCGCAUUAUGAUGAUCAUGAUGAGGAUUCGUUAACAGUGCCUGCUAUGCCAAAGCUUUGUGCGAUCACUAAUGGUGAUGUUUGUAGCAUGCCAUUUUCAUCUUCUUCGCAAGAUUGUGAAUUACUUGACCCACUUGCUAGAUCAGAACUUCCAUGUUUUCCAACUGCUGGUUCCAAUUAUCCACCUGAUCCAGUACACAUGAUGUCCAACCUUCAAAUGGAGUACAUCAACGCCAUCACGACACCAUCAUCUUCUCCAUCGGCAUGUUCCUUCUCACCAUUUUCAAGCGGCCAAUUUGUCACAAACGCUCAUUUUCCUCCAAGUUGGGACUCUUAAAGAUAUGGUACUUAAUUGGAGCUAUAUAGGUACCAUGUAUGCAUGCAUGUACAAUGCAUUUACACAAGAAGUAAUCGGGAUAUUGUCUAUGAUCAGUUCGAGUUGAUCAGUUA